CCUCCGGUCUGACCUUGAAACGUCGACUCAAAAAGCGUUAUUUCAUACACAAACAAUUAGAAUUUUUAAUCAGUUCUUACAUUAUUUCUUUCUUAUUCAAUGGAAGGUGGAGAAACCCAAAAAAUAAUAAAAGAGGGAAAAGCAGAGAUUCUAGUGCUGGAGAAAAACGUAUUCUACAAUCCUGUACAGGAGUUCAAUAGAGAUCUCAGCGUAGCAGUUCUGAGUCUAAUUGCAAAGGAGAAACAUGAAAAUUUCACAGCCAUCAAAACAGAAACAGUGAAAAUCAAUCCGUCGGAUCAGGCAGGGGUAAAGCAUGAGAAUGGAAUCACAAUUUUAGAAGCUCUUUCGGCCACUGGACUUCGCAGUAUUAGGUACGCUAAGGAAGUUCCAUAUGUUCGUCAAAUAAUAGCCAAUGACAUAUCUGCGAAAGCAGUCGAGAGUAUUAAAAGAAAUAUCCAGCAUAACAAAAUUGAAGACCUGGUAACUCCGAGCCAUGAAGAUGCGACGAUGGUCAUGUAUCAGAAUCGGAAAACACGUUUCGAUGCGGUGGAUUUAGAUCCCUAUGGUUGUCCAUCGAUUUUCCUUGAUGGAGCUGUCCAGUGUCUCGACAAUGGAGGACUGCUGCUGGUCACAGCGACUGACAUGGCGGUCUUAGCUGGGAAUUCCCCAGAGACUUGUUUUGUUAAAUAUGGGGCAGUUUCCCUGAAAUCUAAAGCGUGCCAUGAAAUUGCUCUAAGGAUUCUUCUGCAACACAUAGCAGCUCACGCAGGGCGUUAUGGACGUUACAUUGUCCCAUUACUCGCUGUGAGCGUAGACUUUUAUAUUCGAGUAUUCGUCCGGAUUUACACUGGUCAAGUUAAAUGUAAGGAAAAUACUAGCAACUUGGGAAUGGUCUAUCAGUGCACUGGAUGCGAAAGUAUAAUGAUCCAUCCACUCGGAAUGAAAAAACUAAACGGUGGCUAUAAAUUACCCAUGGGACCGCCUGUUGACCAAUUAUGCAAAUUCUGUCAGUAUAAGCAUCAUAUAGGAGGACCCAUUUGGUUGGGACCUCUGCAUGACCAACCGUUCGUGAGAGAACUGAUAGAUAGCAUAGAGACAAUGAACCUGACAACAUCGAAACGAUUGAUUGGAGUUCUUAAUGUCGUUACAGAGGAAUUAGAUACUCCUCUUUAUUACGUCCUCGAUCGAUUGAUGUCGAUAGUGAGAUGUGACACCCCAUCAAUGGUAAAGUUUAGAUCAGGAUUACUGAAUGCAGGUUACAAUGUCUCCUUUUCUCACGCGCACAGAUUAUCAAUAAAGACUGAUGCACCCGCAGAAGUUAUAUGGGAUGUGGUCAGAGCCUGGGAGAAAAUACACCCAGCUAAGAGAGAAAAACUUGGUAAAGAAAGUCCAGCAUUGGCGAUUUUGACUACUGAAUCUACGAAAGAAAUUUCGUUCGAUUUACAUUCUGAGGCUAAUCCGGAAUCGAGAAGAAUGCACAUGCAAAGGUUUCAAGUCAAUCCUACAGUUAAUUGGGGGCCUGGUGCUAGAUCAACAACGAUAAUUGAUCUCAGUGAGAAAACAUCAAAGCGGGCACGAAACCAGAAUAAACACAAGAAAAAAUUCGAGGAGACGUCUCCCUCCGGUUCUCCACCUCUAAAGCAACAAAAAUCAAAUGUAUGACUCAUCAUAAAUGAGGCUAUCGACGCAGUCCUGCGAGUGGACCAGGACUACAUAGACUCAGGUCGAAAGGUCUU